AUGGUAUAUACCAUUUCUUCGGCCCUUCCCAUGAUGCUUUUCGCAUGGGUCGGACCUAUUGUUCGUCGAGAAUGUCCCGACGGGUUCGUUCUCACAGAGUGGACCAGAUACCGAUACGGAUGGCUCACCUCGUUCUACCUCUCGUGUCUGACCAUCGGAACCAUGUAUCUGUAUAUGGUGGCUGAGCUGUCUGCCGUUCAGGCUGCUAUCGAGACACUGGCCGGAGUUGACGCUCUACCCGUUCUGAUUGUCGAGGCUAUUUUUACUUCCAUCUACACUGCUGUUGGUGGUUUCCACACCUCCUUCUUCACUGAUAACAUUCAAGGAGGAAUGGUUUUGAUUCUGCUGAUCAUUGUUUGUGUCGGUCUGGGUGUCUAUUUCCAUGUUGAUCCUUCCGAGCCCAAAAAGUCCGGUAUGCUGGAGCCCAACCUGCUCGCCAACAAGCUCAUUUACAUUCUGCCUGUUGCCAUUGCCACCAACGAUUGCUUUUUAAGUGGUUUCUGGAUGAGAACUUUCGCUUCCAAGAACAACCGGGAGCUCUUCUGGGCAUGCGCCAUCGCCACUGUGCUGACUCUUGUCAUUCUGACUGUUCUGGGUCUCACUGGUCUGCUGGCUGUCUGGGCCAAGAUGGUUGUUGAUGGAGAGCAGUUUGUGUACGGAGACGAGCGAUCCGCCAACGCCUUCUUCUACGUGCUGUUAGAAAUGCCUGGAUGGGUUAUUGGUUUCACCAUUGCCUUCACUCUGUCUCUCUCUGUCGCUGCCUACGACUCCAACGUCUCUGCCAUGGCCUCCACUAUCUCCAAUGACUUCUUCCGAAACAAGGUGCCAAUGGUCUGGGUGCGACUUAUCGUGCUGUGCAUCAACGCCCCUGUCAUUGUCGUUGCCAUCAAGGCCCCCAACGUUCUGAACAUUUUCCUGAUUGCUGAUCUCUUCUCGGCCGCCGUCAUUCCCAUCAUGUUUUGUGGCCUGUCGCGAAAGAUGUACUUCAUUACCGGCUGGGAAGUCAUUGGAGGCGGUUUCGGAGGUAUGAUAACCGUGUUCAUCUUCGGAUCCAUCUACUUCAAGAACGCCCACGAGGGAAUCAAGCUGCUUAUUCUGCUUCAGGGUCUGUACGGAGACGAUUGGUCUGCCUUUGGGGCCUUUGUUGCUGCUCCCGUGGGCUCCAUUCUGUGGGGUUUCGGUAUCCUUAUCAUCCGUCUGACGGUGCUCAAGAUCUACUCCAUGAUCUCUAAGAAGCCAUUCACAGCUCUGGAUAAGCCUGACCCCACUCAGACCGGUAUGUCUGUGCUCAGAGACGCUCCUCAUGUCGACGCAGACACAACAUCGGAGUCGGUGGUGCUCGACAGAAAAGACCCCACCAUCAUGCCCGAGCUGAUGGAAAUCCACGACGAGGGCGGACAUCUGACUGACGCUUUCCAUCUCGACCUCGAAAACGAAUUCCACCUUAACGACCACCAUAUGCAUCUCCACCAUCGGUCGCACGGUGCGCAUCAUGAUCCGGGUGUUAUCCCAUGA